UUGAACUUGAGCUCCGCAUUCCAAAUAUUUGAUCGGGGAUCAAAAUCUGGUUUUCUGAGAAACCCUAACGGUGGAGAAACUAGAAAUUAAAAACGUAGACUGAAUCCAAGCAAUUAUAAUUUCCAUUUCAUAGUCGAAGAUUUCUUGGUAUCGAUUCAUCGGUUAUUCUAUUCGAAAAUGGAUCGACAGAGCAUCCAGUGAUGCGGGGAGUGUGAGGCUGUCUUAUCUGUAAGAGAGAGUUUGUGCGAGAAUUAGAUGAUGGAUCCCAAGGCGUCUGCCAAAGCGAAGAGGUCUUACUCUCAACAAGGUCGAAGGAAACACCCUUCGCCGGCUGCGAUUGCCCAGAAGAAGAAAGCCGCCCAGGUAGGAUCAGAGGCGAAAGUCCAGCGAGAGCGCUCUCAUGAUCUGCCUUCUAAUUUGGAUCGUUAUGAUGAAGGCGAGGAUGAAGCCGAGAGCUCCUCCAGUACCGCAUUGGAAGAAGGAGGAAUUCCGCCUAAGAGCAAAGGGGCGGAUUUUGUCUACUUGAUCGAGCAGGCUCGGUCACAGCAGCAAGAGCUUGGACCACCAACCCUGCAUGAAGCCCCGUCCUUCUUUGACGAGCUCGCCACAGAUUUCAUGAAGGGGGUAAGCUCUAUACAUACUGUAAGAAGAAAGAAUCUUCUAUCUCGCUGUGAAGAUGACAACUUCGUUGUGGAUGUUGACCUCACUUCAAGCUAUGAGAUACCAUUUCUUAACUUGGAUUUGCAUGCUAUCGCUGCACAACUAUCAAAAAUUAAACUUUCAGAGAGGCUUUUUAUCGAAGAAGAUCUAUUGCCCGAGGAUCUUCGUUUUGAUGACUCAAAAGGUAGUUCAUCGUCUUUUCAAUCAGAAAAACUUGAGGAGAUUGGCGCAGAACAAAAUAUGGAAGAACCAAAUUUGCUUGGCCAUACUGAGGACCCCAGCACCACUAUUUUCCCCAAUCCAAACAUCUCCCAAGCUUAUCCCGCACAAGGAAAUGACCAAGAAACAACAGUUGGUACAAAUUCAGGGCAGCCCUGUGAUAUAAGAGAAACUGAAGAAUCACUAGGAAAUAUCAGCAAAAGCUCUACAUUGAAGGUUAGAGAAGCAGAAGCAGAGCUUGACAUUCUUCUUGAAUCAUUCAAAGAAAUCGGUCUUUCAGGCUCCAUUCAGGAUAAACCUUCUUCUAAGAUCUCUUUUGAUGAAUCUCUGCCAUUGCAUUGGAAAUCAGAUGUCAAUAGAAAACAGCCAGCAGAUGCAAUAGAUAAUUCUCCAAAUUCUGAUUUCUUUUAUCCAAUGCAGCAACAAUCAAUUGAUCAAGGUCAGGUUCCUUCAAAGAAUACAGUGGCAACCUCAAUAGAUGAUUCAAUUGAUGAUUUGCUUGCUGAAACCUCAUCAAUCCUGAAAAUGCAAAAACACAUUAGAGCUCCAGCUCCAAUGUUUUCUACUACAAACAGCUUCCAGCCGCAUUCUAGUUCAAGCUCCAUUGAUGAGCUUCUUGGAGGGCGAAAGUCCAUAGCAAUUCAAAAUGGAGCGGCUUCGUCCGAGGCUUGUUCUUCCAAUCCAGACUCGAAAGCGCAGAUGGAUGAUUUUGAUUCAUGGAUGGAUUCGUUCUGAUGAAUUCUCGGUAUAGCCAUGAUAGAUUGAGCUACAGAGAGCUUGCAGAUCCUUGUAGAUUUUUAUCUUAACAGUUUCUGUGUGGAAAUAAGGUUUCUGCUUGUUUUUUAGCAGGAAACGAGAUGGAAAGAAGGCACUGCCAUUAGCUUCUGCUCAUCAUUCUCUCUUCAGAGAUUUCUGGUGUUAUGGAAUUGGAUCAGAAUAUCAUAGGUAAA